AUGUCUACCGUUUUUGUAUCACGGUUUCUACGACACUCCCAGCUGUAGUUCAGGGGAAGGUGCUUGUGUUUAAAACAAGAAAGUGCGAGACGUUUGUAGUGCGCCAAGUGCCAUUUUUAGAUUAGGUACUUAAGUCCAACAUGCUUGCGGAAGACUCGGACGAAGUCGGAGAUUUUGGCGAUCGCAUCCGCAUUUUGCCGACCGCCGAACCCGAACGGCGGCGCGACGAUCGAGUCGACCCCGCCUACUUCGCCGACGAACGAAUUCACAUACCCGAAUCGGAAAACACGAGCUUCAGCUUUCGCAAACUGUGGGCGUUCACGGGACCCGGCUUCCUGAUGUCGAUCGCGUUUCUCGAUCCGGGCAACAUCGAGAGCGAUCUACAGAGCGGGACGAUCGUGCGCUACAAGUUGCUUUGGGUGCUGCUGUGGUCGACGGUGCUCGGAUUGCUCGUGCAGAGGCUGUCGGCGCGCCUGGGUGUCGUCACCGGUCUGCAUCUCGCCGAGAUGUGCUACAGGCAGUACAAGAAGGUGCCCAGAAUAUGCCUUUGGCUGAUGAUGGAGGUUGCGAUCAUUGGAUCCGAUAUGCAGGAGGUCAUUGGGACGGCCAUCGCCAUAUAUUUGCUGUCCAAUAAAGUGGUACCUCUAUGGGCGGGGGUUCUCAUCACCAUCUUCGACACUUUCACCUUUCUGUUUUUGGACAAGUACGGAUUACGAAAGUUGGAGCUGCUGUUCGGUUUUCUAAUCAGUGUGAUGGUGGUGACUUUCGGUUACGAGUUCUUCGUGGCCAAACCAGACAUCUUGCCCAUUCUCGAGGGUAUGUUUUACCCCUGGUGCUCCGAUUGCGACUACUCCGCCUUGUUGCAAGCUGUUGGUAUUAUCGGUGCGAUCAUUAUGCCUCACAAUCUCUACUUGCACUCGGCCUUGGUGAAGUCCCGGGACAUUGACAGGACCAAACCGGCGAAGGUGCGGGAGGCUAAUCUCUAUUUCUUUGUGGAGGCUGCAAUUGCUAUUUUCGUCAGUUUUUUCAUAAACUUGUUCGUGGUGGCCGUGUUCGCCCAUGGUCUUUUCCAAAAAACUAAUCACCAAAUUGUGGAAAGCUGCCAGCGGUAUCCCUUCUUGAACGCAUCAACCAUCUUUCCGGAUGACGAUCACUAUGUCGACGCCGACAUCUACAAGGGUGGCAUUUUCUUGGGCUGCACCUUCGGAAUUGCCGCCCUCUACAUAUGGGCCGUGGGCAUUCUGGCGUCCGGACAAAGUUCGACGAUGACAGGCACCUACGCCGGCCAGUUCGCGAUGGAGGGUUUCCUGAACCUGCACUGGGUCCGUUGGAAGCGCGUCCUGCUGACUCGAAGUAUCGCCAUCGUUCCGACUUUCUGCCUCGCGUUCUUCAGCACGAUUCAGAACUUGACGUCUUUUAACGAUAUUCUAAACGUGGUCAUGAGCGUGCAGCUGCCCUUCGCGCUGAUCCCCACAAUUGCGUUUACGAGCAACGUGGAAAUUAUGGGCGAGUUUGUCAAUGGAAUCGGGAAUAUCCUCAUGGCCAUUCUCACUAGUUUGGGUAUCGUAGGACUUAAUACCUACUUCGUUUUGGCGACAAUUGCUGGAUUAGAUAUGACUUGGUACUAUUGGCUGCUGUUUGCAGUCGUGGCCGUGGUGUACACACUAUUUUGUAUCUACCUCACUGUGCACAUGGUGAUAUUUAUGGGAGCGAAGAGGUUAAUGAAUUAUCCGAUAAUCAAUAAAUACGUUUGGGGACCAAGCAUUGAUGCACAAGGAAUGCCAUGGACUCUACUACGUUCCUAACAGCCAUUUUCCGAUGACUAUUAGUAUUAGUACACAUAUUUGUAUUUUUUGGUAUUAAACUUCGAGAAAAC